AUGGGGGAUGCCAUGGAAGCCAGCAGCCCUGCCAGCAGCACAGCCCAGCAGGAGUCCCUGGUCAGCAUGACAGAUGUGUUCCUCAUCUCCCUCAUCGUUGGCCUCUUCACCUACUGGAUGUUCUUCCGCAAGAAAAAGGAGGAAGUCCCAGAGCUGCCCAAGAUGCAGACAACUGUUAACUCUCCAGUGAGGGACAGCAGCUUCAUUGAGAAGAUGAAGAAGACGGGGAGGAACAUUGUGGUGUUCUACGGCUCCCAGACGGGCACAGCAGAGGAGUUUGCCAACCGCCUGUCCAAGGAUGCACAUCGCUACGGCAUGCGGGGCAUGGCCGCCGACCCCGAGGAGUAUGACCUGUCAGACCUGAGUCGCCUGUCGGAGAUCGACAAGUCCCUGGCUGUGUUCUGCAUGGCCACCUACGGCGAGGGCGACCCCACCGACAACGCUCAGGACUUCUACGACUGGCUGCAGGAGGCUGACGCCGACCUCUCGGGGCUCCGCUUUGCUGUCUUUGGGCUGGGGAACAAGACCUAUGAGCACUUCAAUGCCAUGGGGAAGUAUGUGGACAAGAGGCUGGAGGAGCUGGGAGCCCAGCGGAUCUUUGACCUGGGGAUGGGAGAUGAUGAUGGCAACUUGGAAGAAGACUUCAUCACCUGGAGAGAGCAGUUCUGGCCAGCAGUGUGUGAGCACUUUGGGGUGGAGGCUACAGGAGAGGAGUCCAGCAUCCGUCAGUACGAGCUGGUGGUGCACAGUGAUGUGAACAUGGCCAAGGUGUACACGGGGGAGAUGGGCAGGCUCAAGAGCUACGAGAACCAGAAGCCACCCUUUGAUGCCAAGAACCCCUUCCUGGCCCAGGUCACGGAGAACCGCAAGCUGAACGAGGGUGGGGAGAGACACCUCAUGCACCUGGAGCUGGAUAUCUCCAAUUCCAAGAUCAGGUAUGAGUCUGGAGACCACGUGGCAGUGUACCCAGCCAAUGACUCUUCUCUGGUCAACCAGAUUGGGGAGAUCUUGGGCACAGAUCUGGACACCAUCAUGUCCCUGAACAAUCUGGAUGAGGAAUCCAACAAGAAGCAUCCCUUCCCCUGCCCCACCUCCUACCGUACAGCCCUGACCUACUACCUGGACAUCACCAACCCUCCCCGCACCAACGUGCUCUACGAGCUGGCGCAGUACGCCUCGGACGAGGGCGAGCAGGAGCGGCUGCGCAGGAUGGCCUCCUCCUCUGCAGAGGGCAAGGCCCUGUACCUCAGCUGGGUGGUGGAGGCCCGGAGGAACAUCUUGGCCAUCCUGCAGGACAUGCCCUCGCUGCACCCCCCCAUCGAUCACCUGUGCGAGCUGCUGCCCCGCCUGCAGGCACGCUACUACUCCAUCGCCUCCUCCUCCAAGGUUCAUCCCAACUCCAUCCACAUCUGCGCCGUGACGGUAGAGUACGAGACCAAGACAGGGAGGCUGAACAGAGGGGUGGCCACCAGCUGGCUGAGGAACAAGGUGCCCAGGGGGAGUGGGAGCAGCUCCCUGGUGCCCAUGUACGUCAGGAAGUCGCAGUUCCGCCUGCCCUUCAAGCCCAGCACUGCUGUCAUCAUGGUGGGGCCUGGCACCGGCAUCGCCCCCUUCAUCGGCUUCAUCCAGGAGCGUGCCUGGCUCAAGCAGCAAGGCAAGGAGGUGGGCGAGACAGUGCUGUACUACGGCUGCCGCCACGAGCGCCAGGACUACCUGUACCGCCAGGAGCUCGCCCGCUUCCAGCAGGAGGGGGUCCUCACCCAGCUCCACGUGGCCUUCUCCAGGGACCAGGCUGAGAAGGUUUAUGUCCAGCACUUACUGAAGAAGAACAAGGAAAACAUCUGGAAGCUGCUGAACGAGGGCAACGCUCAUAUCUACGUGUGUGGGGACGCUCGGAACAUGGCUCGGGACGUGCAGAACACCUUCUGCGAGAUCGUGGCCGAGCUGGGCAGCAUCAGCCAGCCCCAGGCCGUGGACUACGUCAAGAAGCUGAUGACCAAGGGCCGCUACUCCCAGGACGUCUGGAGCUAG